AUGUCGACCUCUGGCGCGCCGGGAGGUAACAGGCGCGCCACCCAGCCGCCUCUCGACGGCCCGUCCCUCGCAACCCCUCAUCGUUCGCCCUUCCCCACUUCCCUUCGUCCAUCCCUCUUUCACGCCCGUCCCACCCCUCUCUCAGCAACAUACUCGCCCGUCUCGUCAGUAGCGACUCCGGUCACAUUGGCUGCCGCUGCGCAUCUCCAAGCUCCGCACAAUACCCCGUCCUCCGCCUUCUCCUCCCGAACCACCUCUGCUCCCGCCAAGAACCCUUUCGAACGCCUGCCAGCUUCGUCGUUCGAUAGCUUCGUCAGUUCGGUGACUCGUCGAAUCAAGUCGGCGCUCGAGCCUGGCGAGCUACCGAGUGAGCGAAGGCGGCGGGAAAGGGAAGAGCGCGAGAGGGAGCGGGAAAAGGCUAGGCGAGAGAGGGAAGAGGCGAGGCGGAGAAAGCAGGAAGAGGACGUGUUCGGCGAGAUUCGCGCGCUGGGCGAGGAGAUGAGAGUCGAGGACGCAGCAGCAGGCGACUUGCCCGAGGAGCAGUUCAAUUCGACAGACUUCGCGGAUCGCUCACCCAAUCACGAAGGGGCAGCUGUUUCGGACCUCUCCCCCCGACCGCAUUCGCCUUCCUCCGUUGUCUACGGCCACAUGCCCUCCGACAUCUCCCUCCCCUCCACCUCAGUGUCCACUGCUCCCUCAGUCGCUCCUCAAGACGAAGACGAGGACGUUCUCGUCCUCUCCUCCUCAGCCGAAUCCUCUACGCGCUCUACGCCGCAGCCCGAGAUGCGGGAAGUCCGCCUCGGCUCGUCGCACUCACUCUUCGUCGCGCGGGCGACCGCAUCGGUCUCCUCGGACGAUGAUCGAGGUGGAGCGGCGCACGACACGGGCCGAGACGAGUCUUUCGGGUUGGAGACCGGUCCCGAGGACGACGAGGAGGAGCGCCCGGCGCCCUUCGACCGGUUCGACGAGCCAAUGGCCGAUGAGCGGAGGGACGCUCGCGAUGAAGACGCUCCGCUCGUCCUGCAGGAAGACGAGUUCGACGUUGAUGCGAUUGGCGAAGGCGUGGAAGCGGAGGAGAAGGCCGAUGUGGAGGAAGACGAGCUCGAUAUUGGAGAAGAGGACGACAUCACGGGAGAAGACGAGGAACUCGCGCGGGCGGAAGCUCGGGCGAGUCAGUCGCUUGAGCGGGAGGAUGCAGAGAUCGCGGAGGAUACGCCCUACUACCGCGAUCCCUUCGACCGACCGAUCCUCUACGCUCAGCCUACAGCUGGCGAGAACGAUGACGAGGGCGACGUGCUUGACUACGUCGAAGACGUUCCUGCUCCGCUCGACGAGAAUCCUCGAGCCCGCCUCGAAUCGCCGGUCGACCUGGCCGCCGAUAAAGGUCAGGUGGGGGAAGAAGCGAUCGAGUCCGAAGGGAAUGAAGGCGAGGACUACGGUCUAGGGGAAGACGUUUGCGAAGCGGACGGUGUGUUUGGAACUCGGGAGGAGGAGGAGGAGGAGGAGGCAUCACGCUCGCCGUCUCCGCAUCGCCCGUCGGUCACCGAAACGAUCGAGCUGGGCUCGUCCUCCGAUGAAGAAACGGCACAUGCGACUCGCCAGCCACGCCCCGCAACGCAGGAUGCGGACGACCGCUUUGCCGAGGUUCCUCAGCUCGCGACUUAUGGGGCAGAGGUCGUGGAAUCGAGGGAACCCUUCGCCUUCAAAGCCGACAUCGAUGUUGCGGACUAUUCCGUCGACUCCGUUCGUGCAGGCGGCCGUGUCGAGGAAUCGCAAGCGGAGGCGCUUGAAGCGGUUCACGUUUCCGGUCGGCUGUCUCCUCGACUAACGCCUGAUCGACUUCCUGCGGCGAUCAACGACCAAGACGCCUUCUCUGCGGAUACGACAAUCACAGACGCUCAGGAGGACCGGUUCGAGAAGGAUCGGUUCGAGGAGGAGCAGGUCGAGAUGGUGGAGCAGCAAAUCGUCGAGGCCGACGAGGGCCGCGAGUUCUUUGGCGAAAACACGCCAGGAGAUGAGGUUGAGCAAGGCGGCGAGAUCAGCGAGGAUGAUGAGGAGAUGGAGAAUGUGCAAGUUCCAGGUCGUCACAACCCGCUCGAAGCGCUCUACGCCGACGAAGACUCCGAGGACCUCGGACCAAGCAUUCCCUACGAGAUCAAGGGCAAAGGCAGAGCGCCUCCGCAAGCUCUCGAAGCUACAGACUCCGGCGACGAGAUCAGCGACGACGACUCGGACUCGAGCAUUGCGACAAUCACCUCCGAGAACGUUGACUUCGCCAUUGCCGACUGGAUGAAAUGGGCGCCGCGCAUCAAGGAGUACGAUGACGACCAGCUCGCCGAGAAGAUCUUUACACUAUCUGCGCAACUCGAGCUCGCCAUGGACGUCGAGUCGCCUCGGCAGCAUCUGAUCGCUCAGCAGUUGUCGGACUUCCACUCCGAGCUCGCCAGGCGUAUGCCGCCCGACGACGAGGACGAGGUGCUCGAACCCUCCAGACACGUCGACAGCGCAGACGACGCGGCUUUGGUGGCGGACGACGAGCAGGAUGGCGAGGUAUCAACGACGAGCCCCGACCGCUCAGCCUUUCAGCAAGACUCAGCCUCCCCUGAGCCGAUCGAUGCGAAUGCCGCCUCUCAGGCCGCAGCGCAGCUCGACGCGAUCGCCUCGAACCUCGUCGACCUCUUCGACCGCGGCGAACCGUCUCUCGUCCAGGUGCCGCAGGAUGCUCUUGCAGCGUCUGAGGAGCCACGCAUUGACGCGGCAAAGGCAGUAGACGGCCUCGUCGAACCGGAUCGGGCGUCUUCGCCUGCUGCGGGAGCAGAUAACCAUCGCGCUCUAUCGCCAGGCAUUGACGAGCACGAGGGCAUGGAGACGUCCGCCGAAGCGCGAGAACGUGCGACGCCGGCGGUCAAGCUGGCCGAGGACUCGAGCAUCCAGCUCGGCGAAGCGGCAUCAGUCAUCCUCGCCCCGCCUGAGACCGCCAUGAUCAGCACUUCGGCGGCAUCCAGCUCCGGAGCGUUGCAGCGUAGCGCUCCAUUUCGCACGCUGCAGCACCCGGCCUUCUCGUCACACUUCGGCGAAGAAUCCGGACCGCAACCCGACUUCGCCUCGCGCGUACGCUACGAGAUGCCUCCGACUAUCCACCGUGUCAACAGUCCCGCUCGCAGCGACUCGGCUGGCCCGGACCUUCCACAAGACGGGUCGAUUCGCAUCGGCGUGACAGACGAAGAGAUGCUGGAUGCGUCCCUCGUUGGACGGCACGUCCCGCUUUGGCAGGCGGAAGCUGCGACGUCGGCGGCGGUCCGGCAGCAGGAGGAUGGGGGUUUCCAUUCUACGAGCGGAGGACUGCUCGUCAUCGACGACGAUGCGGAGGCUGGUCAGACCCCUUCGCCACCUCGUCCGCAGACGCCCGUCCCUGCCGUGACUGCUUCCAAGCCCGCUGGCGCAACGCCUCCUCCUGCGGAUCAGCUCGAUGACGUCCCGACCAUCAUCGACGGCGUUGCGCCGCCGCAAAACUUCGACAUCGUUCCCGCGCCUCUGCCUCGCUCCCCGUCUCCUGUCGCGCACACUACGUCGGCCGCUCACCGCCAUGUUGCGUCUUCGCUGAAGGCAGCUGCCGACGAAGAAUCGCCGGCCCCGCCCGCGGAUGCGCCUAUGUCGACACCGGCUUCGCUUGCCAAGACCGACAGCGCCGAAGAUCUCGACCACACGCACUUGCAGUCCGAGAUUGGGCCACAACCCGCCUUUGACAGUCGCGUGCGUUACGAAGCACCUCCCGCCAUCCAUAGCGUCGACAGUCCUGUUCAUGACGACGACGGGGACAGCGAGGCUCGUGAAGACGGGGCCGUGCGGGUCGGCCUCUCUGACGAAGAGCUGCAGGACGCCAUGCUCGCGGGCAGCGCUCCGCGGCUCGCUACGACGGAUAACCUCCUUGAGCACGACGUCCAAGAGCAGCGGGACACGGACGUCGAGGCCGAGCGUGCGUCAGCCGGACUGGUCGUCAUCGACGAUGAUGCCGCGGAAGACGAGCAGACGCAACAGCCCCUUUCAGAUCUCCACCCAGCCGACAGAGUCGAACCGAGCGAAGACAAAGGUCACGAGCUCGGCGCCUCUCCGCCGCCGUCAGCGUCGGUAGAUGCGCAGCCACCCGUUGUCGACGGCACUGCUCCGCCUCAGAACCCGGCGUUGCUGCCAAGUACCGUGCCUCGCGAGACAGGCCUUGGCGAUUUCGUCGCGUUCGGCGACACGGACGAGGACGAACACGACGCCGACGAGCUCUCGGCAGCGGAUGAAGCUGGUCCGUCUCUCGAGGCGCCGAAGUCGCCUGGCGACACAGCCAGUCACGUUCUCGGCCUUCCCGCUGGCGAAGAAACGGUCGUCGUCUCGAACUCGGCUGAGACGUCUGACGACUCCGACGAGGAGGGCGUGAUCGCCGUGCGCGCCGCUCCGCGCUCAUUCGAUCUCGGCGCCCAGGCUGCGAAUCGAUCAGUUGCUGAACAAGCCGUCGAGAGUGCCGCCGAAGUCGAUAUCGCCCAGCAGGAGCAAGUCGACAUCUUCCAGCAGGAGCCGACUUUGCAGCCCGAAUAUGCACGGCCAGACGCCGAACAGAGCGUUGCGGGCAAGAUCGCCGUCAAGAACGUCGUUGAACCUGGUGAAUGGAACCGGCACGACCCGAUCGAGUUCGGUACGGCUUCAGCUGGCGAAUUCGCCUCUGUCGAUGUCGACGUUGCUCUCGAGGAUGAGCAAGUCUUGCGAUCCAACGAGGUUCUCGACGAUGCGCCCAUCGAGGUCGUCGACGGCUCGGCUGCGUUCGCCAACGGCAGCUCUCCACCGCCCGCCUUCAUCGAGCCGGACGAGGCAGUCUUACCUCGACAUGCCGAGCAGGACGACGGGAACCUUGACGAGGGCGAGUCGACCGAUGAAGAGCAACUGGUCAUCUCGCUCGUUGGCUCGAGCGGGCGUAAUGGUGCCUCGCGUGAAGCAUCGCUCGGCAAGGAGGAUGCAGGCGGUGGCUCUGCCUCGUCGUCUACCGUGACAGCCGCACACCAAUCGCCCUCGCUUCCCGGCAAGAUACCGCAACGUCUCCGCCUUUCGACGCCUCUCCGACGAUCCAGCAGGCUCUCCUUGCCGCCAUCGCCCGCUGCCUCAACGCCAACACAGCCAACGUCGACGAUCAGGCGCUCGCGUACCGCUGAAGAGGCCUCCUCAACCUCGACGAACCUUCCUUCUCCUGCGAAGCGCCAGCGCGUGACGGACCCGCCCAAGUCGCAAGAUGCACCGUCGUCCGCUUCGUCUCGCUCCACCGGCGCUCGACUCCACCAGCAUCGUCAUCGCCCGACCAGCGCGGCAACUCCCGGCGCGAACGGUGUUUCGCCACCUCUCACCCGCUCGCGGUGCCACUUUUCUCGCCUGCGUAUCAGCUCUCGCGAGGAUCCAUCGGCGCCGCCUUACUUGUUCAACGUUCCCACGUGCGCUCUCGCUUCCGACUACGCCCAGGAGACCAUGCGCCGCUUCCAUGUCGAGAAUCUUGGCGACGUGCCAGACUCGGACGACUGCGAAGGCAUUCAGCUAGGCGGACAGACGCCUUCGGACGCCAACGCCGCCGAAGUCAUGGAGAGUCGUCACUCGGCGCUCGUGCCGCACGAGGACGUCUUGGACGCCGUGAGGCGGAUUGCCGGCUCUGAGCUGUGGGACGAAGGCGCGUGCGAGGUCCUGCCGCGCGAAGAGGUUGAAGGGCGGGUACUGCGAGGUGGGAAGCGGGCUUCGACCGGCGCUUCCUCAGCGGCAGCCGAAGCGGGCAAGAGGCGCAAGACGUAG